GGUGGUCUGGAAUCCUCAAGAGACUGGUCGGAAAAUUGGUGACAUGGAGGAAAAUGGAUGGGAAAAUUUUGUUUGUGUUGAGCCAGGCUAUAUUCGAGGAUUUGUCAAUUUGGAACCCGGUGGAUUGUGGACUGGCGGGCAAACACUCAGUGUCGUACACGAAGAGCGGCGUUUGACAUACCUGUGAAUUUGAAAUUUGUAUACUACCUUGCGAUGACGUCAUCCAUUCUGGCUCUCCUUGUUACUACCAUGUUCUCUCGUCUGGCAUCCACCUGCACUCUUCGGCAAGCAUCGCACAGUGCAGCACGUCCCUUCAAGCGCUCAUUCCAUAAUACACAACCAGCGUUGUCCCCAUCGACCAUCAGCGCCCUGCCUAGGUCGUGCCCGGUUUGCCAUCAGCCUCUUCCGUCCUCUCUGCCUGCCUGCUCAAACUGCGGCUCAAUAACAAAUAUACCCUCUGAUAUCAACUACUAUCAUGUCCUUGGCUUUGAAUAUAACCCGUCACAGUUUCACGUGGACCAAGGCUUACUACGAAGUCAUUUUCGGCACGCACAGAUUGCAUGUCAUCCAGAUGCAUGGACGUCCAAGGGUCAAGGAAAGACCGACAUUGCGCAGCUUCUUUCUUCGCAAGUAAAUGAGGCCUAUCAGACAUUACGAGAUCCAUUGUCGCGACUACACUAUCUGCUCACCCUCAACGAUGCACCAAUGGAAGAGACAGACAAGUUGGAAGAUAUGGAAUUUCUAUCAGAAAUAAUGUUAGCGCGAGACACUAUUGACGAUGCUGAAGAUAAAGCCGAAGUACUGCAGGUGGCUGAUGAGACCCGAGGUUUGUUUGAAGCAAUACCGUACCGCACAAUAACUGAUGAUUCGUCCAGAAAAACUGAAGACCUCGUUCAAAGAGAUUUCCAGGCUGGUUGAAAGAGGAGAUUGGUCUGCGGCAAAACAAGCAGGACUACGGCUCAAAUAUCUACGAGGGGUAGAGAAAGCGGCAGAAGAAUGGUUGCGAGAUAGAUAAGUAAGAUAAAAGAUAAGAUUAGAUCAAAAAGGAUAAGAAUUUCGGCAGAUCCCGGUAAUUUUUGGGUACAA